AUGAGUGCUAAUUCUCCUGAGAUAGAAGGGCUAAUAAGAGAGCUAGAUGGCAGCCUAACAGCUUUCGAACAGCUAUUGAACAGUAUCAACAAUUUCAACCAUGAUGACCGAGAAAGGAAGUUGAAGAAAUGUCAGAUUUAUAUCACCUCAAUUCGGACAACCAAGGAUGCUGUACAAUUGGAAGCGCGCAGCUUGCCUCCCAUGGCCUUGCCGAAUCUGCAGGACUCCAUGCGCAAACGUAUGGCUAGAUUUAAACAAUGCGUUGACCUUUACGAACAUAAGAAAAUGGAGAUAGAUAGAGAUGUAUUGCAGGCAGACGACACUGACUAUGGCGUGGCGGGAACAGUGAGGAACGACGUUCAGCAGCUUGCCGCUCAAGGUGACGCCCUGCAGGAUCAGACAGAUGCUGCGAUCACCAACAUGGCCGGGCUGGUUACCGAUGCACAGGAGAUCGCCGAACAGACAGACGCAAGGUUAGAUGCGCAGACCGCCCAGAUGCAAGGAAUCGCUGUCCAAUUGGGUAACGUUCAAAAUAAUACCAAGGCAGCAGGGAAAACCGUAGCUAACAUUGCCCGGGGCGCCGCCAGUGAUCUAUGUAUCCAGAUUCUCUGCGGUGGGAUCGUGGUAUGUACAAUCACCAUUAUUAUUCUCGUCAGUGUCUAA